UUAUAUUACUCGUCACUCCUCACUCUCCAAAUCUUCGACAGUUUGAUAGGUUUCACGCGCCGUAACAGUCUCUACACACACACAAAACACAAUAAUGGCUUCUCCUACUCUAGUCCCUAACGGCGAUAUCGCCGCCAUCGUUUCGGCCUCGUCUCCAGUUACCAGCCGAUUCGCCGCCAUAUACAGCGAGGUCCAAAGGAGCCGUAUUGACCACGAGCUUCCUCUCCCCUCUGUUCUCAGAAACUCCUUCAAGAUCGCCGACGGUCCCGCCAGCUCCGCCGCCGGCAAUCCAGAUGAGAUCGCGAAGCUGUUUCCUCAUGUGUUCGGGCAACCAUCGACGGUGCUUGUACCAAGCGAUACCGAUGUGUUCCGGCCGGAUCAGAAGCUCAAAAUCGGCGUCGUUUUGUCUGGAGGCCAAGCUCCCGGAGGCCACAAUGUUAUCUCUGGAAUCUACGAUUACUUGCAGGAUCGCGCGAAAGGAAGCACAUUGUACGGGUUUAGAGGCGGCCCUGCUGGGAUCAUGAAGUGCAAAUAUGUGGAACUCGAUUCAGACUACAUUUACCCCUACAGAAAUCAGGGAGGAUUUGAUAUGAUCUGCAGUGGGAGAGACAAGAUUGAAACUCCAGAGCAGUUUAAGCAAGCUGAAGAAACAGCAUUGAAGCUUGAUUUGGAUGGACUUGUUGUUAUUGGUGGGGAUGACUCCAACACAAAUGCCUGCCUCCUUGCUGAGAAUUUCAGGAGUAAAAAUAUGAAAACUCGGGUAAUUGGAUGCCCUAAGACCAUUGAUGGUGAUUUGAAAUGCAAAGAGGUUCCCGCAAGUUUCGGGUUUGAUACCGCUUGCAAGAUUUAUGCAGAAAUGAUUGGAAAUGUCAUGGUCGAUGCCCGGUCAACUGGAAAAUAUUAUCAUUUUGUACGGCUUAUGGGGCGUGCUGCUUCACACAUUACGCUAGAGUGUGCUCUACAAACUCAUCCAAAUAUUUCUAUCAUUGGAGAAGAGGUUGCUGCUAAGAAGCUGACAUUGAAAAAUGUGACUGACUACAUUGUAGAUGUAAUCUCUAAACGUUCGGGACUUGGUUAUAACUAUGGUGUUAUACUUAUUCCUGAAGGUCUUAUUGAUUUCAUUCCAGAGGUACAGCAUCUUAUCUCAGAACUGAAUGAGAUUUUGGCCAAUGAUGUUGUAGAUGAGGGUGGGCUAUGGAAAAAGAAACUUGGCAAUCAAUCUCUACAACUUUUUGAAUUUUUACCCGAAGCAAUCCAGGAACAGUUGCUGCUUGAAAGAGAUCCUCAUGGAAAUGUCCAGGUAGCUAAAAUAGAAACAGAGAAAAUGCUUAUUCAAAUGGUUGAAACCGAAUUGGCGAAGAGGAAGCAGGAAGGCACAUAUAAAGGCGAAUUCAAAGGGCAGUCCCACUUUUUCGGGUACGAAGGGAGAUGCGGUUUGCCUACUAACUUUGAUUCUAGCUACUGCUAUGCAUUGGGAUAUGGUGCAGGAGUGCUCCUUCACAGUGGAAAAACUGGGUUGAUAUCAUCGGUUGGGAAUUUAGCUGCUCCUGUUGAAGAAUGGACAGUUGGUGGGACCGCAUUGACUUCAUUAAUGGAUGUUGAGAGAAGACAUGGUAAGUUCAAGCCUGUGAUCAAGAAGGCAAUGGUGGAGCUUGAUGGUGCACCUUUCAAGAAAUUUGCGUCCUUGCGGGACGAGUGGGCAAUCAAGAAUUGCUAUUUCAGUCCUGGUCCUAUCCAAUUUAAUGGCCCAGCAUCACUUGCCGUUAAUCACACCUUACUCCUGGAACUUGGAGCUCAAGCUUAGGCAUGUCGUUGAACUCAUGCUUUGAUGCAAGUUCAUAUAUUUUAGAGGAACAAAUUAAACCUACACUGUUGUGCAUCUUUGGGAUUUCUAUCUUUUGCUUUUGCUAGAGGAAUUUUGAGAGUUGUAUUUUUUUUCUUCUUUUUUUUUUAUGUAUUUUGAGAUGAUCUAUCAGGUAAGUGGGUGUUUUGUUGUCAUAAUUCAUAAGAAACAUCUGUUUUGCUA